GCCGAAGUUAACUUUCCAUAUUUUCAAUUUACAAAAUUAACACUACCAACUUCUUUUAAGAUUAAAAACUAUUGACCGCUCAUUUUUACUUAACUCAAUAAUGACACCAAUCAUUUUGUUACUUUUCCAAAUUACAGUCUCUUCUCAUCAGUAUAUAUGACGUGGCGUAUUUUCACGAGGCCAACAAAUCCAGCUCAUUUUAGUACUAAUCAGUACAACCGGACUACUCGGCGCCUUAUUUGCUUCUUCAAUUCUUCUCAGUUCUUCCCCGCGGUAAAAAAAAACAAAAAUAUAAAAAUUUCCCCCAAAAAAAGAACACAAAUCCAGAAAAAGAAGAAAAUUAAUUCAACCACUUUCUUCAUCUCUUUCUAUAUCUGGCGUAAUUUCUUUGAUUCAGCUGGGAUCUCAGCUCCAUUUGCACCUACGGAAUUGAUUUGAUUUUGUUUGCGAUUCUUCUUUCCCCCUUUUAAUCAGUUGAUGAGUGACUCAUUCUUCCACUGAAGCAAGCUGCCUUGUUUUUUGGGUGGUGAUCUUCGUUGAAGUUGUAAGAGUUUUGGAUUAUGAUUCGUUUGCGGAAGUGAUCCGCUUGAUGCCAUUUUUGAAUUCAGUUCGUUGAGAUGGCAUCUGUGCGAAGGGCGCCGUCGCCGUACCACGAUCGGCAGUACUUGAACGGCGGGAACUCGUUUUCAGCUGAACCGCCGUCUCACAAGUUGCUUCCCAACGGAAAAGCCUCAUCUGCGGGUGCUGGAAUCGUGAGAUUCAUUAGUGAAGUUUUGCUUCUGAGGAACACGCGGAAGGGGUCGAUUUUGUGGAAGAAAUUGGCCUAUAGGUGUUUGUUGUUUUUCGCCAUAGGGUUUCUCUUGGGAAUGGCUCCGUUUAUUGGAUUGGAUGAUGUGAAAGACAGGGAGGAUUCAUUUCAACAGAGCUUGAAGCCUGUGGAAGUCGUAAUUAAGGAGGAUACUGUGAAGGAUUUGGUGGAGGAGGAAUUUGUAAUGGAUAGAGUUGAAUUAGGUGUGGUUGAUGUGAAGGAGAGAUUUGAUUUUGUUCCUCAGAAGUUGUUGAUUGUGGUGACACCUACGUAUAACAGGGCUCUUCAGGCUUACUUUCUGAAUAGGUUAGGGCAGGUUUUGAGGCUGGUGCAGCCUCCAUUGUUGUGGAUUGUGGUGGAGAUGAAUGCAGCAUCACUGGAGACCGCCGACAUUCUGAGGAAGACUGGGGUCAUGCAUAGGCAUUUGGUUUCAAUGAAGAAUCUGACGGAUAUAAAGGACAGGGGUGUGCAUCAGAGGAACACAGCAUUGGAGUAUAUUGAACGCCAUAAGCUUGACGGGAUUGUUUACUUUGCUGAUGAUGAUAAUAUCUACUCCCUUGAGUUGUUUGAAAGCAUGAGAAGUAUCAGUCGUUUUGGUACUUGGCCUGUUGCUAUGCUGGCUCAAAGCAAAGCCAAAGCAAUAUUGGAAGGUCCUGUGUGUAAUGGAAGUUUAGUAAUUGGUUGGCACACAAAUGAGAAGAGUAAGCGACUACGUAGAUUUCACGUUGACAUGUCUGGAUUUGCCUUCAACAGUACAAUAUUGUGGGAUCCCAAGAGAUGGCAGCGCCCAACGUACAGUAGUGUUCGGCAGUUAGAUUCCGUGAAGGAAGGGUUUCAGGAGACUACAUUUAUAGAGCAAAUUGUGGCGGAUGAAAGUCAAAUGGAAGGUAUUCCUUUUGGUUGCUCAAGGAUCAUGAAUUGGCACCUUCAUAUGGAUGCUCGCCACCUUCUUUACCCUGCCGGGUGGAUGCUUGAAAAGAAUCUUGAUGUUGCUCAUCCAACUAACUAAUGAAAUAUUUUGAAGGAGACUUCCUUCACAUGGGAGCUAUGACGAACCACCAAUGACCCCCCCAGAAGUCCGGUCGAGAAGUAGAUCUUGUUUAGUUGUUUGUAUAUCUUUUUGAAUAUGAUAAAGAGCAGAGGAUGAUAAUACAUUGAAAAUGGCGGAUGAACAUUGUAAUUUGUAAGCUAGGGAAUACCAAGUUAGAUGUUUGGAAUGCAACAAGAAAGAGAAACGCUGCUGACUAUACCUACGACAUGGAAAGUAGUUUUGCUGUUAGUAGCUUUGGAUUCUAUUUCAACUUGGACCUCGGAUGCACUUUGAGUUAGGAACAAAAAUUAGGUAGAAAAAAGUAAGACUGCUAAUUCGGUCGGUUCGGUUCAGUUCGGGUGAAUUCGAUUUUGGUUAAUUAGAUUUUUUUCUUUCGUAAGACUCGUUCGAAAUUGAACCGAAGAUUUUGUAUCUCCGAACCAGACUGAACCGAAUGAACAAUUGGGUUAAUCGGUUUGGGUUUUGG